CUUCUCUUAGAAAUUUGCGUUGUCAUCAAUUGUUAUUGUUGCACACUUUGCACGACCAGCCAAUUAUACUGCUGUGCACAUAAGGAAGCAAUAUAAAAAUAUAGAAGGCUCCUGGUAUUGUGUGAUUUUAUUUCUUAUUGUUGUUUUGUAGUUCAUAUAGUUUUCUUUUUUUUUUUUCUAGUGGGAGUGAGUGGCUUGGUGGUUAAAGAAUGUGCCGAAAUGCAGCGAUCACAUUUCGUUGUGUGCAGAAAUACAAAAACAAUAGAUUCUUGCAAAAGCAUUCAUGAUUUUUUUUUUUUUGCCACUUCAAGAUUUGCUGCUGUGAAGUGACAGAUUGACAGACAGAGUGAAAUGGUCCAUUUCGUGGUCGGUCCUGGGACUCAACUGCCACGAGGGAGGGAUUGCUGUAUAAACACACUUACGAGUCUGUGGUCCAGAACCCUGCCGCACGCCCGCAGAGGUCCGUCUGUCCUCGUGCAAACAGCAUCUCCAGGAGCCCAAAGAUUCAGCCGUGGGGACCAAAACCACAUGUGUUGGAAUCAUUCUGCACCUGUUGCUGCUUAAACACAACCUUCCUACUCAAUGUUCUCCUCCAGCUUUGGGACUUCCACUUCUUCAGGCGAGUCACGCACGCCGCAACUGAGUAGUGCGAGCGCGAGUCGUUAGUGCAUGGAAGUGGGUGUGUUAGAAGAGAAAGAGAGAGAGAGAGCAACAGACUGAGACCCUAACACAGAGCAUGCCUCUGCGUCCGGCAGCAGGCAAACAUGAGCCACCGAGCCCUCCACGGCAGGACCAGCCGCAGCAGCAGCAGCAGCAGCAGCAGCAGCAGCAGCACACACACACACACUCGCACACAAACCCAGCCAACGGCAGCCAGAGGGGCAGUACUGACAACGGCAGCUCCCGGGAAGAGGACAGCAUUCUCUUUCCUGUUGGUGCUCCAGAUCUGUGUUCUGGUGCACACAGUGCAGGAGCACCCAUGGAGGAACCCACAGGCAACACUGUGGUCAUCCGCAUUGGCAUCCCUGACGUACAACAGACGAAAUGUUUAAAAUUCAACGUGGAUGCACCUAUAUGGCUGUCCAAACAGCAGAUCUUGUGUAGUCUCAACCAGAGCCUGAAGGAUGUACUCAACUAUGGCUUGUUCCAGCCAGCUUACAAUGGCAGGGCUGGCAAAUUUCUGGACGAGGAGAGACAGCUGAGGGAAUACCCCUUCCCCACCGUUGUUCCAGUACCUUAUCUGGAGUUCCGCUAUAAAAGACGUGUUUACACACAGACUUACCUUGAUGAGAAGCAACUCUCAAAGCUUCAUACCAAGGUAGGCUCAAAAAGCUUUGCUGUCUGAUGUCUUCUGUCAUGUAGUAUUGUAGAUAUAGUGUUUUAUGAUGAAAUUACUGCAUAGAGAAGUCAGUGGAGGUCAUUUGUCCAGGGACUUGAUUUCUGUUUAUUUGUCUGAUGAUACAGUGUUACAACGUAGAUACACACAAGGAAAACCCUACUUACUGAUCUUUAGCUGAUCGUGUCUUGUUGUAUUUCUUACAUUGUCGGUUAGCUUUAGUGCAAAAAAAAGGAUCCCUGAUAGAAGCAAUGUUGUUUGAUUCCUACAGCCUUUUACGACGACCGCACUCUUGACUCUCCAACCACAGUUGGUGAAAAUGCUAGUGUUGUGAUAUCACAGCUGGCUGUCUCCAGUCUCAAAGACUCCAGAUGUGAUUGGUUGAGGUGACCCCCAAGCCUAAGUCACACUCUUUUGAUGUGUUUACUUGAUUAUGACGUUUCCACUGUGUUAGCCUUGGAUGAUUGACAUAGGUACUGAUACACAGUAUGUGAGUUGCAACUUACAGCGAACAUUUAGUGACGUAGCUCUGUAGAAACAGAACUCCAGUGUACGUGGAGAACCUACUGUCCAUGCUAGGAUUUUACAGUCGUAAAAAAAUCACAGGAAAUACUUUGCCCUGAAUUUACCACUUUUUCUUUGCUGUCCUUUUCUUAUGCAUGACAGACACAUUUUGUGUUAAUGAAACCAUUACUCCAUAUUACAGUUAACUGCCUAU